GCGUUUCCCGUCAAUUCCCGAUUUCGACUUCGAGGUUACAUGCAGGAGUCAAUGAAGAAUCACGAAGACAUCGCCCUGCGAGAAGGUGACCUAUUCUCGGAACCGAACUGUCGUUCUCUGCAAAUCCACCUGUAUGGGAUUCAGUUGUGGCAGUUGCCAAUCUCGCCACUUUUACCCGGACAACAUCCACGGCCUCGCCUUAGCCUCUAUUUACGGCCAGCGUCCGACGUGCAUGCCUGGCACCUCGGUGCAGGCAAUCUCAUCGAUCGCAUGACCUUGCUGAAGGAAGCAGGUGGCACAACACGAAUUUUACUGCCCACACCGACUGACACCAUUGGAAGCUGA